UUUAUGAAAAAAAUAUUUUUAAGAAUACGUUAAUAGUAAAUUCUUUUCAACACAUCAAUUAUAUUCACAAAAACCAUUUUUCAUAAAAAAAAAUUACAGAAUAAUAUACGAUGCCUUUUGAGAUCAAUUUAAUAGUUAAAGUGUAUUUAAAAAAUUAAUUUUCGUGUCGAUCAUUGUUUCAUACUUAAUCAGUAGGGAGACGUCCCUGAAUUAGAGUGGAGAAGUUUGGGGUGUGGCUCGGAGUGAUGAAUAAACCGGAACCAUGCCCAGGAACAGAGGGUCUCCAUAGUGUAAGUACUACUAAACGGUCGUCACACGAUUUAAGUUCCUUUCAUUAUUUCUGACACAUUGGUCUUAAUUAAUUUGUCUUUUUUGUUUAAAAUACGUUGGUUUUUUUAUUUACACAUAUGGCUCUUGAGAUGGGAGCUUCAACACUGGUCGUGCUUGGAGGCACCUACGUGGUGCCCCGUCUAUGGAACCCAAUCAAGUCAAUGAUUGGUCAAGGUGUGAAAAUGAUCAAGUCAAUGAUUGAUCAAGAUGUGAGAGGAGUGAAGGCCGAUCUCCAAUACGUAAAAGUCUAUCUCAAAAAUGAGACACGGAAGGCCCUGGAGAUAGGAGCUUCAACAUUGGCUGUGCUGGAAGCCAACACUAUGGUUCCAUGGAUGUGGAACCUGACCAAGUCAACGACUGGUCAAGGUGUUAAAAAGAUCAAGUCAGUGAUUGGUCAAAGUGUGAAAAGGAUCAAGUCAAUAAUUGAUCAAGAUGUACAUGUGAAAAAAGUGAAGGCUGAUCUCCAAUAUGUAAAAGAUUGCUGGUACAAUGCAUGGCCUAUCCGCGACUUUGCUGUCUAUGAAAGUGAUGAUGAAUAUAACAACAUGGCUUCUGACGUAGUCCCUGCUGCGGAUAGAGAUCCUCCUGAGGAUAGAGAUCCUCGCGAGGCUAGCGGUCCUUCUGAGGACAGAGAUCUUUCUGAGGCUAGAGGAGGUCCUACUGAGGAUAGAGAUUCUACCAACGAUGGCGCUUCUACGUCUCAGGUGUAA